UGGGUUGCCGACCUUUGUGAUAGCGACUUCCGCCGACGGCUCCAAGUAUCCGCCCACAUCUGAGUCACUGCGAAGCCUGGAUAGGAACGAUCAACCUCCCUAGCCGCCCAUCAUGAACUUCUACGCCGCAUCCAACAUGCCCGUUUACCGGGCGGAACAGGACGCGCGCCACAAGGAGUCCAAGAGCGCGUUCGGACAGGUCUCGAAAAAGUCCAAGAUUCUCGGUCUCCAGAGCCCCCAGAGGGACACCGCGCCGUCGCCUCCGGUCAGACCGGUCACGUCAUCCGAGGCUGUGCAGUACGACACGCCCUCCAUUGACCAGCUCUUGGACCCCGCCGUCCAGGGCCCGCCGUCACCAGAAAGCAUCCGCGAACUAGGUCAGCGGAUGAAGCGUGCAUCCAUCCAUGACAAGCACCAGAGCCACCAGACCACCUCUUCCGGUUCGUCCUCGCUGCGGUCGCUGACCUCGGCCGAUAGGCCCUCGUGGGAGAACGUGCUGGACGGGAAGACGCUCUCGAGGAAAUCCUCGGGAAGGUCGACAUCCAGCAGCAUGCCUUCAAAGGAGCGGCCGGAAAGCGUGCAAAUCUUCGGCAAGACCAUCUUCAGCCGGCGAGGGAAGGGCAGGCGCGAAAGCAGCGCUCAAAGCUCAUCCAGUUCACUGUAUUCGACUGACGUCGUGGGUGACGCCCUCCCGUCCACCCAGAGAUCCGCCCCAAGCCGGGAAUCAACAAUCCCGGCUCUUUUCGGCCUUCGCCGGAACACCAAACAAGAGCCGGCCGCGGAGACACAACGCAAACUCAACAUUUCGGGGCCCUACAACUUUCAGCAUGUGGCACAUACCCAGAGGGAGGAUGCGCUGGUAUUAGAGCACGGCAGCCGGUCCGUGUUUGCAUCCGAAUCCGCGCAACCUCACGGCCACGGAGGGCUAAAGGGUGCGAGGGCGGACGAGAUGCACUUUGCGGGCUUCUCGUCUGAUUCGCUCCCGCUGGACGAAGAGGAUGCUCUCGCAACUGCUGCCCCAUACGAAGUGCGCCAAACGACAUCGCUCACGCGAAAACCGUCCGUGGUGAAAAAGCGCUCAUCUCGGCGGGUCCUCAGUCGCUCCCAAUCCCAGGAACAGUUAAGGAUGGGUGUCCCACCUCCGCGCCCUCCAAGGUCUCCUGUCGAUCAAUCCGCUCCCGGCGGACCUGUUGUGCCCCCCCGCGGCCCCAGUCGAAUGUUCGGUCGCCAUGAGCGGUUUGACUCGAUCGACAGGCCGCAGACCAGUGCGAGCUUCCGAAGUCAGCAGCAGUAUGCUGACCCUGGCAGUCCUCCGGCGACAUCAUACGGAUAUACGCCAGAUAUGGAUGUCAUCCAUGAGCAUGCCUCUUCAACCACUGCUAUGGGCCCUCGCGACGAGGCCAAUUGGCCCUUGCCUUGCCCGAGCAGCAACGCCUCCGAGCAUACGCUGCCCCACGUGCCCGAGGAGGAAGAACAGCUUCCCGCGCACUCCAGGAAGAGAUCCCGUGCAAGCGUCGCUAGCAACUCGUCCCUUCGCGGCAGCCAAUCAGUCCCAUUGUUGAGAGGACUUGCCGCGCGUCAGAACGGAGAGCCCACCCGCCGCACCAGCGACGCUUCCGACACCCUGGGCCGGUUCGAAAUGCUUGCUGCACAGCAAGCCCUCAGGAAAGCGUUGAUCGAAAACCAAGACGCGUUACCCCGGGAAGAUUGGGAGGACGACAUCGACUACUGCUACGACCACGAGGCGGAAGCCAAUUGCGACUAUGAGUGGAGUCGUCCAUCUCUCGAGACCUGCAGAGACGGUGAGACGGCCACGCCUGUCGAUGACCAUGGGAGGGGCGGUGACUCAUCCGUAGCUUCUCCUGCAAUGCUGGCGCCGGGGCAGUUUGAUAUGCCGGCUCUCAGUCCCGCAAGCCAGGUGUCAUCUCCAACCCCUCGAGAAGCCAUCACGCCCACGGUGGUGAACAAUCCCAAGGCCUCCAACUUCUCCCUGCCGAGGGUCGAUUCCAAGAACCUGCUCCACGUGCGGAAGCCGUCUGACGCGUCCAGUUUCAAAGAAUCGCAUGGCUUCACCUUGUCGCCUUCUCUGCUGAUUCCCAUGGAUUAUCAGCAGCAGAUGAUGGCCUGCGAGGCAGAAAGGGAUGAGGCGCCGGACUUCAGUUUCCGUCAUCUCGACGAGCAUGAGCUGAGCAUGGAUCCUUCCACGCUCCUGCUCCGGUAUCGCACCAGUGCUUCGACGACCGGCACGAUCGAGAGCAGCAGCUCCGCGUUUGAUAAGCACGACUCGACCGUCUCGACGUCGACCGACUACACCCGGAUGACGGCGAGCGUCUCCUCUCUCGAGAUGGACAACUGUCUCCCCGGUGCCGAGCCUCUGCAACGGUUUCCCUCAUUCGAGUCUCAUGGCAUGAUCGAGAGCAAGGCUGCGAUGCCUACGCUCCCCGAGUCGGAAGAAGUAAUUCCGCCACCCGCCCGACGGCCGCAUUUUAAGAGCCGCGGCAGCGAGUCUAACCUUGGGGCAUUGACCACGGAUGAGCCUUGGGCUGCGAAAACCAAGGCCCCAAUUCCGCCCAGGCGUGGCCGCGCCAGGACCACGAGUCUCAGCACGCCGCCUCCCCCAAACCAAUAUGCGCUGUUCCCGCAGGUGCAGCUGAGCGGAAAUCGGAUCUGAGCUGCGCCAUGUUAUCAUCGACCGCACGACCUAUUUAUUACAUACCGAAACUCCGUGUACUCACCCCCGAAGGCAACAAACCGUUCCUUCGUCACCGGAGCAUCAUCAGCUCUGUUCUCACAUCUUUCUUUAUGUUCAAAACACACCCUGUGGUUGUCUCAAUUAGCAUCUGUACGCGGACGGGAAUCAAGGAUAGACUUGGGAUGGGUAGUGCGGCCAAGCAACACAUAAAGUCCGGGGGCGCAAACUGAAAAGCCAGGCCAUUCUCUUUUUAUUUUCUUUUUUCCAAGUCUCUUUCUUCAGGAGCAGAUCCAAUCA